CACAAGGAGCAUUGUAGCUGUAUAUAGUACCUGUAUGCUAGUAGUUCUUUUGCGAGUCCAGUUAAAUAUUAUUGGCGGUUACAUCUACCUAGAUAAUGCUGCACUCUGCAAAAAUGGCACAACACCACUAGCCCCUCCGGAAGUUCAGCAGCAAUAUUUAUCAAGUAUUCAGCACCUUCUAGGAGAUGGGCUGACUGAACUAAUAACCAUUGUUAAACAAGCUGUGUAUAAAGUUUUUGGAAGUAUUUCCCUCAAGCACACCCUAUCUCUUCUGGAGCUGGAAGAGAAACUUAAAGAUAUCAGGGAAGUAGUGGAGCAUAGAGAAUCAGAUCAGAUUGCGUCUAAUUCUCCUUUAUGUCAUUAUCUGAUGCCAGAUGAAGAAAACCCCUUGGCUACCCAGGCCUGUGGACUCACAGAAAGAGACAUUGCUACAAUUAAAUUACUUAAUGAAACUAGAGAUAUGCUAGAAAGUCCAGACUUCAGUACGGUUUUGAGCACAUGUUUAAAUAGAGGAUUCAGUCGACUGCUGGACAAUAUGGCAGAGUUUUUUAGACCUACUGAACAGGACCUCUCCCAGAAUGGCUCUGUAAAUAGUCUUUCCAGUGUCAGUCUUCCUUUAGCCAAGAUAAUUCCAAUAAUAAAUGGACAGAUCCAUUCAGUAUGCAGUGAAACACCCAGUCACUUUGUUCAGGACCUGUUGAUGAUGGAACAAGUGAAAGAUUUUGCUGCUAAUGUUUAUGAAGCUUUUAGUACCCCUCAGCAACUAGAGAAAUGAACUGCACAUUUAUAGGACUAGACCAUGUAUUUAUAACAAAUCCCUUGUGACUGCUGAUGAGACUUGGGUUAAUUUUAUAAUGGUGUAGGAGCGGUAGACCAGCAGAAAGAACACUCUGAAAAAAGUGGGAGUGAGCCCAUAUUUGUUCUGAUAGAAUUCUGUUUUCAAGCACCCAUUAAAAAUACUCUUGUUGAAAGAAUCAUUGUAUGUAAAGACUUUUCUAUGUUAGAAGUGCUUAACUCUUUCAUAAUUCAUUUGAUUAUUUUUAUGACAGCUGGUGGCAGUAUUACAAGUUAUGAAAACACCCAUUUGUUUGCCUGGGGUGUAACUUUUGGAAAAAAUUAAUGAUA